AUGGAAGAAUUUUCGACAACCAGCAACAGAAGGGAGAAGCUAUCCAAGCCUCUUCUGCCUGAGGAUGUUCCAAAGAGGGCUGUUGAGCCUCAGCUUAGGAUCCAUGAAAGAAGUGUCGAGGAAUUCCAGGACAUUUUGGACAUGGAGCCGAAAGAGGGGCUUUUUUUUUACAUAAGAAUUCCCGGGCUGAUUUUUGUGGGGUCUGUUGCAGGCUAUAUCAUAGGAAAGGCGGGCCUUAGCUUUGUUAACCUAUUCUUUGUUGGAUAUGUGAUUUUCUUUGUCUACAACCGCAAGGUUGAAAGGUUCACUAGGAGUCUUAAGUCAUUAGUUUACCACAGUGCAAGAAAGGAGAAGGCCAGGAAUAGUGGAGAGACUGUUGAGUGGCUGAACUAUGCCGUUAAAAAGUUCUGGGAGGUUGCGGAGCCUGUUAUUUCUGCGGAGGUGUAUCAGCAGGUCAACAACGAGCUUCUCAAGAUCACGCCACCCUUUCUCAAUGGGCUGAGGUUGACAGAGUUUACCCUUGGAAGCCGGUCGCCUUUUAUAGAGGGAAUAUCCUACAUAAGCAUGGAUGGAAAUACUCUUGCAAUAGAAAUGGAGGUUGCCUUUGUGCCAUUAGAGAUAAGUAGGGAUGUGGUCAACUACCUGGAGGACGACAGCAAGAAUUGGAACUCGAAGAUCCAGUUGUCUGCCAGGGUUGGAACAAGAAACGGGAUAGGAAUCAACCUCCCGAUCCUUGUUAAGGAGCUGUUUUUCAAGGGGAGGGUGCGGAUUGUUGCAAACCUGUUUUCUAAGAAUGUGUUUGUCAAAGAUGUGGAGGUGUGUCUGAUGGACAGUCCUGAGUUUGACUUUACCCUUGUUCCGCUGAAGAUGGUUGAUAUAAUGGAUGUUCCAGGGCUCAGCAGGUGGAUAAGAAGCAUAAUCAACUCUUCGUUGGCAACGACGGUUGUCAACCCAAACUCCAUUACGGUUGACGUUGACAAGAUUUCGAAGGAUAAGGGGAAGACGAUUGGGGUUGUGUGCCUCCAGAUACUUAACCUGGAGAAUGAGGAGGAUGAAAGGCUGUCUGUUGAAAUAGAUGUGGAUGGAAGGGUUGGGUACCAGACGGGGUAUGGAGAAGGAAAGGGAAUUGUUUACAACGAGCACUUCUACAUGCCUAUUGAGAAUGUCGACUCGAGGAUAGGGCUGUCUCUAAGAAGUGAGUCGAGAAAGACCAGAAGAAGAAACGGAUCGAUAUUCCUGAAGAACCUUCCCCUGGGCAAGAUCGAGGAGUCUGCGAGGUGCGAUCUGUACGAUCCCAGAAGGACCUUCUUCAACAAGACAAGGCUGGUUAAGGAUGAACAGACGUAUUCAUUUCUGAACACGAAUCUGCAGUUCUAUCCUAUACAAAAGGAAAGAAGCAACAGCGGGAUAAUCAAGAUGAUGCUGGUUGGUAUUGAGGAUCUUCGGGGGAACAAGGCGUCGAAGGCAUACACGUACUCCACGUUCUGCACGGUAAUUGUAUCUCCCAUCAAUCGGGAGGAGUCCAGCAUCCCAAUGGGGUUUAUCGAGAACACGGUGAGUGUGACGGCAAUGAUGGUUAGCGGGAUAAUCAAGACAACAGGAAACGCCAUUACAAACAUCAUUCCUGGGCUUGAAACAACGACCACAAGGCUUCUCCCCUCGUCGAAGAAUACCUUCUAUGUGUUUGAGUCGAAAAGGAUAUUUGGGACCAACUCCCCCAUCUACAACGAAAGCUUUACAUUUUUCUGUAGAGAUAUCCAAGUUGAUGUUGUGUCGAUAUGUGUUAUGAAUGACAAGACCAACGAGGUGAUAGGAAGAGUGUCGAUUCCUGUGAGGGACAUCCAUUUCAACAAGAAGGAGAAGUACAAGCUUAAUGAUGCCUACAGCGGAAGGAUGGAGCUCUCGUUCACAAUUGAUUAUGUAGAUAUGGUUGACAAGGCGACCAAGUUUGUAAACUACGAAAGAAUGAUGAAGGUUUCUGUGGACUCCAUGAACGAGAAGGGGGUCUACUAUGCAAUAUUCGAGACCAACACGGAUUGCUUCAGGAUGGAGACGUUCACCUCUGCACUACCGAUCAAGAGGACGUCUUAUGUUCCCAUCCAGCCCCAAGACGCCUUGAGGUUCAGGCUUUACAAGGAGACGAUAAACGGGGAUGUGUUUAUUGGAGAAGACAAGAUAAGCUGCAGGCCCUGCGAUGGAGUUAGGAAGGAAGCCUUUCUACUUGAUGAGCAGAUAAGCCUGACUCUUAGCAUUGAGGAAGAAGCUCUCCGAGACUAUUCGGGGGCACCAGAAGAGAAGAACAACGUCAAGGUGAUCCAGGCCAAGUUUGGAAGGUUCUAUGGGCACAGCCAGGAAAUGUUCAUUGAGUUUAGCAACAAGUAUGGGAUAAUCGGGGCUUCUGGAUUCACCAGGGGAGGAAAGCUCAAUGACACGUUCACCUUUAUUUCUGGGAGCGAAGAGAUAUAUGCUGUUGUUAAGAGUGGAGACCAAACAGUGAACUCGACAGUGGGGCAGUGUAUAAUUCCAAAGAGGGCUUUGAAAGAGAGAGUCAUGCUCAACGAGCAGGGGCUGUCAGUUGACAUGGAGGUGAGGAUCCAGGGGUGCUCAUACAAGCCACCCUCGAUGCUGAAGGCUGGAUAUCUCGAAGUCUACAUCAAGAACGGAAGCAACAUCCGGCCUACACAAAGCCCGGCUGACACCUACUGCAAGAUCCUGGUCAAUGACACCAAGGUGUACACGACCAAGCCUGUGCGUAAGAACAGCAAUCCUGUGUUUAACGAGUCGUUUAUCAUGGAAAUAGACAAGACAAAGGAUGUUUUUGGGAUACAGGUAUGCGACUACAAUGUCUCGGAGAGAAAUGCGCUUCUGUGCUACACGGAGUUUUCGCUCCACAACCUGUCUGAAGGAUUCAGUGAGAUGGAAUUUGAAUUGUUUGAUGGCAAAACCUUCCAACCUGUUGACUCGAGGAUCAGGAUUGGAUUCAACUUCUGUGCAGACCACAAAAGCCUGAAAAUCAAGAAAAAGGGGAUUUUGAGUGACUUCUUUGGAUUCUGA